AUGGAGCUCGAGCCGCGCCACUCUCUCCGCCACGUCAACCUCACGCCCGAGGUACUCGAAGGCCUUUUCGCGCGGUUCGACGGAAAUUGGUCCGACCCCGAGCGGGACGAGGCGCACGAGCGCGGCCUGCGCACCAGUCUCUUUGAGACUGACGUGAUGGACCAGCUCCUGCGCAGAAUGGAAGACGACCGCGUCGUGCGCCUCAUCGGACACAUCACGGAGACACACGAGGAGCGGCUGGUCGUGUGCGCUCGCGGCCUUGCCACGGCUCUUGGCCGGCUCGCCAGCCGCCCACAGGCGUUCGCCACUACGCCAUCCUGGCUGUGGGUGUUGCACAACCACGUAAACUACCUGACGGAUGCGGAGAUUAGCCCUAAGCUCAUCGACGGCGCGUGCGACGCGCUGGCCUCGCCGGCGUGCCACUCGUGGCUCAAGCAGAUGGCGCUCGGGGCCCUCAUGCGCGUCGCCCUCCGGGGCACCGCCACGCUGCGCCCGCUGCUCGCCCCUCGGGCCGACGAGAUCGUCGCGUGGUGCUCGACGAUCCUGAGGGAGACCCGAGCUCAUUAUUUGAAGAUCCAAUUUCGCGCGUGCUACACCGUCUGCUCGUUUGCGUACUGCCUCGACCGACCGGAGCUCGCGCGGGCAGCCGCCGAGUGGUUGCGCCGACUGUACCCGACUGCUGACGGCGAGGCGAGCCGUUGGGUGCAUUCGCUCUCGUCCGUGCUCGAGCGCAAUUCGCGCCGCCACCUCCAGCGCACGGGCUACCUCCGGCCGGGCGAGACGUGGCACAUGUACCUCGGAAUGCUGAGCCACCCGUCGGCCCACCUGCGCUUUGUGGGCGCGGUGAUGCUAACCACGGUGCUGGAGGCGGUUGGCCACGGCGCCUUCGACGUGGCUCCGUUCGAGACGCCAUCCUCGCGCCUCUACCUCGAGGAGGCACUCGACGCGCGCGUGCGCACCGACGCCACGCUCACGAGGCAGGAAGCUGAGACGCUGCGCCGUGCCGCGGGCGGCGCUGCACCUCAUGCGCUCGUGGCGGAGGCUGCGCUGCGGCUUGCGAACGAUCCCGUCGCGGAGGUGCGUGAUCUGGGGGAGGUCGCGCGCAGCCUGCUGCCACGGCGCGUCCUGCAAGAGAUCGUGUGGUGCCCAAGCACGCACCACCUCUUCCACCCCGGCGCGCGAGCGCUCGUGCGGUGCAUGCUCCUGCUUUCGCAGCGCGGCGACGUGCCGCUGCCGGCCGACUUGCUCGUGUUACACGUACUACCGCGCGACAGCGACUCAAAUUCCGACAUGGUCGCUUUCGGUCUCUGCUUGGCGGGGCUCGUGCUUGCCGAGGGCCGGGACCUCGUGGGCGACGCCACGGGAUCGGACAUUGUCCAGCGCCGCAUGCUCGAAUCGCCGUCGUCGUACUGCGUGCCGGGCCAGUCUUGCUGGCCGUCCAACGCAGACUGGGCAUCGUUGGCCGAGUCCCUCAGCCAAGGGCCCUCGGCGCUCACUGCGCUCGCGGAGGAGUCCUACGACGUCUGCUACGAGCAGUACACGAACGCAAUCGGCCUGAUGCAGGAGGGUCACGGCGCGUGUAUGCAGGACAACCACUGCAAGUUCGAGGCGUGCGCCGGCGACGGCCUCGUCAACCUUCCCGCCUACUCGGUGGCGGCCGCCACGGUGGCCGACGUGCAGGCCGCGCUGGAGUUUGCCAGCACGCAUGACCUGAGCGUCUCAGUCAAGACGUCCGGGCACUCGUACGCGGGGAGCAGUGCGAUGAAGGGCUCGCUGCUGAUCUGGAUGGCCGAGUUCGAAAAGUUCGGCACGAUCGCCACUCACACGGACAGCUGCGGCACCGCGACCGAGCAGGUGCUCAAGGUGGGCGGCGGGCAGGUGUGGGGCGAGGCGUACCCGGUGGUCGGCGAUGCCGGGCGUGACAUCGUCGGCGGCGGCGGUCUCACGGUCGCCGCGGCCGGCGGCUGGCUAAUGGGCGGCGGGCUGAGCGCCCUCUCGCGCACUUUUGGCUACGGGAUCGACAACGUCGUGGCCUUCGAGGUGGUGGCUGCCGACGGCGUGCUGCGCACGGCUGACGCAUGCUCGGAGCCCGACCUCUUCUGGGCGCUGCGCGGCGGCGGCGGCGGCGCCUUCGGCGUCGUGACUGCCGCCUACCACCGCACACACGCGUCAUCGGCCGUGGCGGCGCUCUCAAUGAGCAUCGACGACAUCACCUGGGCCACCUGGGAGAGCCGCACGCCCGUCAUCGAGAGCUGGCUCGACUUCUGGGUCGAGACGUCGCCCACGCUCGGCCGCGAGUGGUCGGGAGGCUACUGGACUCUCUCGUCCAUCGUCGUGCUGUACUUUCGUGGCACGGCGAGCGAGGCCGAGGCCACGUUCGUCGGCGCGCUGCGCGAGUGGCGGGCGGGGCUCACGGCGGAGCAGCAGCAGUACGUGACGAUCAGCCUGACCGAGUUCGACAGCUACUGGGCGUCGCGCACAGUGGGGUGCCGCGACAGCUCCAGCGUCGCCUGCCGCACCUUUGGCGCCGAGACCGACGCGACGGGGCAGGCGGGCGUCAACAUCCACUCGAGGAUGAUCCCUGCGGCUUGGGUGACGCAGAACAACGGCGCCGAGGCCAAGGCGACGCUCAAGUGGAUGAUGUACAACGGCUGGUUCACCUUCAACUACUUCCUGGGCGGCGCGGUCACUGACGUGGCCGCCGACGAGACGGCCGUGCACCCGUCGGUACGCGUCUCGAUUUGGAACAUGGAGGUCUUCGACCCGAGGCUCAUCGAGCGACUGCGCGACGACCUGCCCGACUCAGGCGUGUGCUACAACCACGCGGCCAAGGACGAGCCCGACUGGGACGCGCAGGCGUGGGGCGCCAACCUGCCUCGCCUGCUUCAGGUCAAAGCCGCUUACGACCCGGCCAAUCGGCUCAACUGCUUCCACUGCGUGGGCUACCAGUCCCUGGGUGGCGACGACCUUACACCGGCGACCUGCGAAGGCAUGUACAAUUGCGCUGCAGCCCCCGGCGACGAGCCGGCGCCACAACCACCCGGCACUCCGCCCUUGCCGCCGGCAUCGCCACCAGCAACGCCGUCUGCCGCUGACGACUACGUCGACCUUUCGCUGCCGCUCGUGAACGCGGCGGGCUACAACACCCACCCGGACGCCGUUGCUUUGAGCGCGGCCACCGACGCGAUCGGCCCUUCGGGCAUCGGCUUUAAAGGUUACGUCGUCCUCAAGGGCACUGAAGUCGUCGCCGAGCGGUACGACGUCGGUGACGCAACGUCGACGUACCAAAUCUUCUCGUGCACGAAAUCUUGGGCGGCAACGAUGAUCGGCGAGCUCUUGUACGCUGGGCAGCUCACGCUCUCCACAAAGCUCGAGGACAUCUUCACGACGCUCAACUGGGACACGGUGAACAGAGGCGCAGAGAAGCGGCUGAUAACGGUCGAGCAGCUCCUUACGAUGUCGAGCGGCCUGACGGAGUGGGGCUGCGGCUGGGGCGGUGCAACCGCGACGCUGGUGGCGACGCUCAACCAGGGCUAUGUCAGCUUCACCAACGCGGAGGUAGGCUCCUUCAACUACAUCUGCACGCAGAAGAUCCUUGCGUGGAUCAUCUACGAGAAGAGCGGCCUCACGCCGAUGGAAUUCGGACUGAGCUCGCUGUUUCCCGCGCUCGGCGUGUCCGCCGGUGAGUUCACGUGGCCCAUCGACGCCGGGACACUUCAGAACACGGAGACAGACCUCCAUAUGGCGCCGCGCCACCUGGCCAAGUUGGUGCUGCUCUUCCGGCAGCAGGGGCUCGCUGCGCCCGGCGGCCCCCGCCUCCUCUCCACGACGUUCGUACAGACGGCGAUGAGCAACCACUGGUCCCCCUGGUACUACAGCGGGAGGCAGUGUGGUGCGUCGCCGCUGCUCAUGGGCUACGGCUACAGGUUCUGGCUCUACAACCCGGAUUGGGUGUGCGCUCUCGGCGCCUCCGGCCGCUACGCGUGCUACUCGCCGACUCUCGACAUCUCGUUCGGGGUCAUCGCCACGAACGGCUACGCCGUUGGCUGCACGCUGAUGCAGCAGCUUGCCAACCUCGCGUUCGCAGGGCUGCUCGCUCCGCCGCCGCCGCCGCUUCCGCCGUUCUUUCCAGGCGCGGCGCCCGCUCCGCCCCCUCCAGCGACGCCUUCAGUGGGCGUUGUCAGUCAGGGUUGGGACUUUGCGGGUCCCGACUGCAAUGGCGCCGCAACGCGCACGUGGCAAAUGGAGGCCUUCCCGACUGCGCCGCACUCGCAUUGUACUGAUACGGGCGCCGGCUUCAGCGUGCAGGGCGAGUACUGCAAUAUGGGGGGCGGAACGCCCUAUCUGACGGGCGAGUACUUCCCAACGUCCGACUGCACCUCCACCCCGUCGCCGUACGCGUUGGCCGCCGAUUUCUCCUGUGUCAAUCAUGCGGAGGGCAGCUCCUCCCGCUACGUCUGUGCGCCGACGCCCGACUGCACCGCGAUCUCGGACUACUGCCGGGGGUGCCUCUCGUUUCUGUACUGCCUCAGUGCACCCGACGAAUGCGCCAAUGCGGACGAAGGCUGUGAUGCGUGCGUCGGCUACAUUCCCUGCGGCUCUACCAUGCCGGUGGGACCGCCUCCGAGCCAGCCGUGCGCCGUGGAUUCCACUCCUGCUGGCGUCCACUGCUUUACGGGCGACACUUUGGAUCCCGGCGGCGGAAACAUCGUGGAGUCUGGACUGCCUGCCGGGAGCGAGGAAGUGUGCGCGGCCGGCGGCUACUCCGCAUUCCCGUACGAUUGCGCUGGCCUCGCCGCUUUCUUGGACAGGCUUCCGGCGGGCGAACGUGAUGGCACCAGGCAGCACUACACCGAGCGCUGCUGCGGCGCCCCGCCUUCGCUUCCUGUCGGCGCCGCCACGUACUUCUACUCCUCCGCUGACUGCACCGGCACCCCCAGCGUGCUGGCGAUCGGCCACGGUGAGUGCGUGGGCGACGAGCGGGGUUACUUUUACACGAUCUCUUGCGCGGCGGGCGCGUCGAACCUCUCUUGGUUCAGCAACGCCGACUGCAGCGGCGACGCCGACGGCACUCUGGGGUCGAACGAGGACGACGGCAUGUACGGCUGGCUCUUGGGCAAGGCGGACGGCAGCAGCGGCCCGAUCAGGCCCGGCGACUGCUGGACGUGGGCCACCUCGCCGACGGACGCCACACCCGCGUCGAGCCAGGCCUUCACAUGCUGGCCGUCGCUUCUCCCUGAGCCUGACAGGUGCGGCGCGUGCGUGCAAGCUUGCCGCGAUGUGCCUCAUGAUGGUGAGUCGGUGCCUCCCAAUCAGACAUGUGGCUGCAUCGCCGAGCGCUGCCGGGCUGCAUGCGACGAGCAGUACGGCCGGGAGGCGGUCCAAGCGUACAUUGACGGCGGUUGCGACGACAGCGGCGGCGACGACGGCGAGACCGACGAAGACCCAGGUGGAUCAAAAUGCGGCGGCGAGUGCCAUCACGAGGUCUACGGCGAGACCUGCGGUUUUGGAACGUGGGGCGGCGGCGAAUCUUUCAUGCAGGUCUGCGAGGAUGGCGUGAACGUCGCCAAGCACUACGAAGAUGUCGACUGCCAAGGUUCACUCGUGAAGGAGUGGGUGGAAGAUUCGUCCUGCCAACACGAGUACCACGAGAAAGCCUCGGACGGCUCCACUCUGUACGAGAGCAAGUGGUGCGAUGGGAGCACGCCGAUCAAAUCUCUGUGCACCGAGCCCGGCGACGAGCGCGACGAGUGGAUGUGCGACUACGAGUCGGACUCGGCGGGGCCGGCCUCGCUUGCGGCGCAGCAGCACUUAGCGUCCAUGACGCAAGAUUGCCGAGACUACAUGAACGGGCUUGGCGACUCGCUGGGCGAUCUCUCAACCAUCUGCGCCUGCUAUAGAAGCGGCGACGAGGCGGCGGCGCGCGCCGCGACGUGCGCUCCGACGGCCGGCGCGAGCACGGUGUCCCACCUGUACGAGCGGUGCGUCAACCCCCCUCCCGGCUGCUACGAGGCGCCGUGCUCUAGCACGUGCCCGGCGGCCGUCGCCACCUCUGCAUGGUGGGACAGCCUCAGCCCGACGUGCCAGACCAUGAUAAGGGAGGGCACGGCCGAUUUUCAGAGCUUCUGCCGGUGCUACACCUCGGGCGUCUACCCCGUCGGCGCCACUUGCUCUGGCGCGGGAUCGAUCCCGGGCUACAGCACUACCGAGGAGCAGUUCGAGGCGUGCCGUGCAGUGCCAGGCGUCCCCACGCCGCCGCUCCCGCCGUUCCUGCCAGGUGAGGCGCCCGCUCCACCCCCUGAGUGUGUUGCUCGCGGCUACGAGUCGGUCGGGUGCAACUGCGACCCGGCUUCUGAAUGCUCGCCGUGGGGCUCGAGCUCGGGCGGCGACUGCUGCGGGGACGACGGCGGCUACUGCGGCAGCGAGUGGGUCUCGACGGACGCAUCGACGUGGAUUGAUACUUGCACUGGGCUCGACUUCAUCCGUGUCUCUCCAGGCUGCGGUGUGGAGGUGGCGACCGAGACUGGCGGCGGAGGAGAGACAUUCACGUACGACUCCAGCGUGCUCGUGUGCGGGUACGAGUGCGAGCCUCGGCCAACGCCGGGCUGCGACAGAGUGCGCUCGCUGCGCCUGUUUCCGCUCGCGCCGCCCACACCGCCGCACCCGCCGUUCCAGCCAGGCCAGGCACCUGCUCCGCCCCCGCCGUCUCCCUGCGUCCACGAUGACAGCAAGUGCUCGAGCAGCGGCAACGACUGCUACGCCGAUGGCCAGUCUGAGGCGCAGACCUGCAGCGACGGCUACACCGCCAGCCCUCACCCCGACGACCCUCGGAACGAAGGUCGCUACACGUGCUACCCGCCUCACUGCCGCUGCGACGCGUCCAAGUGCUCGAGCGCCGGCGGCGACGACUGCUACGCGGACGGCACGCCAGACGGUGAGGCGCAGACGUGCCGCGACGGCUACUUGGUCGUCCCUGUCAAUGACGGGCAGUACACGUGCUGCUUCUUCGACCAGCCGCCGUCGUGCGAUACGCUCGAUUUUCAGAUCUUCACGAACACCGACUGCAGCGGCUCGCCUGCCGUGACGUCGGCGAUGUUGUCCGACCGGACGUGCGUGGCGACUCCGGACUCGGUGCUGACGGGUCAGUAUUUUGACGUCGACUUUACGCACUGGGGGAUGCACGCCACCAGUGAGACGCUCGUCCACGCGUGCUCCGACAGCUCGAUGGACAGUUGCGUGGAUCAGUUCGAUGGUGGCGAGCGCUGUUCCGACGUGCCAUUUGAGACGUGCGUCGCGAUAGACGAGGCCCGAUCCACCGGCAUCAAGAUUACGUGUGCACCGGCCGUCGACUGCGCCGUGCCGAGUGAGGGCGUGUGCCUCGAGUACGGCAGUGUCGACAGCGACUGCUGUGGCAACUCUGACGUGGUCGGCUGCGCGAGCGGCUACACCCUCUCCCUGCAGAUCGCGAUCGACGAGGGCGGCACGUGGGCGCGGCCCGCCGAUGCGGGCUUCUAUCCGCAGUGCGCGAGUGGAGGCCAGAAGAUUGGCAACACGUGCUGCACACCAGAUCCGGCGCCGCCGCCGCCGUCGCCCGCCGAGUGCUGCGCGGACGUGUGCCCGACGCGCUCGUACUGCGAGGCGGAGGGGAUCGGCGGCGGCUACUGCAACUGCGGCGACUGCGGUGUGCCCUCGUGCGGCGACUGCGAUUGCAACCAUUACGGCGAGCAGUGCUGCGACUUUAGCGGCGGCUGCGAUCCGACGUGCGGCGGCGAGCCGUCAAUGUGCCGCGACAAUUCGAACGACUGCUGCGCGAACGAGGCGAUGGGCGAGGCUGCCGUGUGCGAGGCGGGCUAUGUGCCGACUGUCCAGCCGCAGAGCUACGACGACUGUCCCAACUACACGUGCAUGCCGGCGCCGCCGCCGUCGCCGACUUGUGUCGACGACCCCAAGGGCAUCCUCGCUGCCGACGCGUACCUAAGCCCUGGCGGCACCACCUGCGCGGAGAAGAUGGCGCAGGUUGGAGCGACGUGCGAGACCAUCGACGAGGACUACAACGGCUACCGCGUCUCCUACGCGCAGCUCUGCCCAGCGACGUGCGGCACGUGCGCCUCGUACACCGAGCCAGAGUGCCACCGCCCAGAGGUGUGCUGCUGCGAUCCGCCGCCGCCCUCGCCGCCGCUGCCUUUUGGCCUGUCGGCGGUCUCGCCGGACGCGCUCACCUUUUCCGAGGCGGUGGCCUGGUGCGCCGCGCAAGGGCUCACUCUCGCCAUGCCGCGCACCGAAUCGGAGAAUGAGGCCGUGUACGCUGCGUGCCAGUCGUACUACGCUUGCUGGCUCGACGCGCGCGAGAAUGCGGCCGGGGAUGGAUGGGUGGACGGCGACGGCAACGCGCUGACGUACACGAACUGGGAUGGCGGCGAGGGGUCGUGCCACUGCGGCGAGGAUCGCGUCUUCAUCAACAGGGUUGGGACGGCCGAAUGGCACGAUGUGGGCGAGGGCGGCGACGGGCAGACACGCGCCAUUUGCCAGCAGCCGUCGGGUUCGAUUUCGCCGUCGCCGCCGUCGUCGACUGUGUGCGACACGUCGCAGUGUGCAGAAUACAGUCCGACGUCGCAGGACGACGACUGCUGCGCGCUCGAUUCGGACAUCUACUGCAUGAACGGCUACACGCUCUCGCGCGUGAUGCCGGGCACGCCUGGUGUGACGUGGCUCAAUGGUCAGAUGUCGGGCUGCGAAGGCUACGGCGGCAACACGUGCUGCUCGCCGCCAGAGAGUCUGGCACCGCCGCCAUCGCCGAGCUCCUGCGCGAGAGGGUACACCGCGGUGUCCGGCGAAGGCUGCUCGAACUACAUCCACAUGGAUGACGCCAGCACCUACGGCGUUCAGGGAGGAUCCACGACCCUCGAGGAGUGCGCCGCGGCCGUGCAGGCUCUCAACGGGCAGGAUGGCUGCGUGGGCGAGUACUUCUUCUUCGAGACGGACGGCUACUGCAACUGCCCGACGGACGCGUGCACGACGGGCUCGGAGAACAGCAACGCGGGCGGCUCGGGGCAGCUCUACCGCUUCAACAGCGAUUGCGACUCGUCGCCGUCGGCACCGCCAUCGCUCACGUGUACGUGCGACUGCUACGGUUCGAACACGGACAUGUUCAACGGCACCCACGAAGGCCAGCCCGACGAUUCGUGCCGAGAGGACUACUGCUUCGCCAACGGGAUCUCUGCUGAGGAUUGCAUCUACGGCCAGUACGACUCAUGCUGCUAUUCGGAGGGAUACGCUGGGGCACCGUGCUGCGAAGAUGCGCCGUCGCCGCCAUCGCCACUGCCCUUGACGCCACCGCCCUCGAACUACUAUGAGGGCGAUGCCGGCUCGGACUGCGACGUCGGAGACGUGAUCGUGAGCGAGUCGGAGUGCCGCAGCGCCGCGAGCUCCGUCGGUGGGUAUGACGUGGAUGCCGGCUCGACCACAAACAGCCAGCGGUACUUCAAGAGUUACUCGGGUGGAUGUCAGACCGGCUGUAGCAUGGAGCGUGACAGCGACUGCGAGUGCAAUGGCUGCGGCACCUGCUUCUACUGGAACGCGGGCUACGGCGGCGCCUGCGGCUCGCACAGGCCAUUAUGUGCGAGGCCACCGUCCCCACCAUCGCCGCCAUCACAAGUCGCUCUUGAGUUUGCCGGCAUGUCGCCCAACUUUCACUACAGCAACGCGCUGUGGACCAACAGCAAUCCUCACACGGGCGCCACCGAUAGCCAGGGCCGUACUGAGCGUAAGACGGCGGCUUUCGGACAGCCGACGAGUGUCGUGAUUCUCGAGAUGACACGAAACUCCGUCACGCACUCUGUGAGUCUGCCGAUCUCGCCGGCCCAAUCGCUGCUGUCGAUCUUCAUGGGCGGCUCUAUGUCAACAAACGGCAGCCUCUCUGACUGGCGGCAGCUAUCUGGCUAUGGCUACCAGCCGCACUGCAACCGGCAAGGCUUCAAUAUCGUAGGGCAGACGGCGUAUGGCGGCGUCAACGGGCAGAACAACGCGCGCAUCGGAAUCUAUUUUAACGAGCAAAUCGACUGCAGCUCGCCCGACUCGGGGCGCGUGGUGGGCGGCUCGUCGCUUUCGGCGGCCGUCGGCUGCACCAGCAGCUGCACAGGCAGCAGUAGUAGUAGCACUCAGAGCGAUGUGUGGGUGCGUGUGCUUGUUGCUGGCGGCUCGUCGGGUUCGAUUUCGCCGUCGCCGCCGUCGUCGACUGUGUGCGACACGUCGCAGUGUGCAGAAUACAGUCCGACGUCGCAGGACGACGACUGCUGCGCGCUCGAUUCGGACAUCUACUGCAUGAACGGCUACACGCUCUCGCGCGUGAUGCCGGGCACGCCUGGUGUGACGUGGCUCAAUGGUCAGAUGUCGGGCUGCGAAGGCUACGGCGGCAACACGUGCUGCUCGCCGCCAGAGAGUCUGGCACCGCCGGCAUCGCCGAGCUCCUGCGCGAGAGGGUACACCGCGGUGUCCGGCGAAGGCUGCUCGAACUACAUCCACAUGGAUGACGCCAGCACCUACGGCGUUCAGGGAGGAUCCACGACCCUCGAGGAGUGCGCCGCGGCCGUGCAGGCUCUCAACGGGCAGGAUGGCUGCGUGGGCGAGUACUUCUUCUUCGAGACGGACGGCUACUGCAACUGCCCAACGGACGCGUGCACGACAGGCUCGGAGAACAGCAACGCGGGCGGCUCGGGGCAGCUCUACCGCUUCAACAGCGAUUGCGACUCGUCGCCGUCGUCACUGCAAUACGUCGGAUCGCCGCAGCAAGGCUACGCGGACGCGAUGGCGUACUGCGCGACGCUCGGCGGCACGCUUGCGUCAGCGACUGCGGAGUUGCAGGCGAUGUACAGCACUUGGACGUCGGCAGAGAUCUGGAUCUUGGAUAGCGGCUCUGGCGGAUCGAGCUUGUACGACACUUGCCAUGCUGGCGGGUGUCCAUGCAUCAAUUGUGCAUACCCAUCAGAGGUGAAGUCGUUUGUCUGCGCGCUUAGCGGGGCGGUGCCGCCAUCGUCGCUUCCACCGUCGCCGCCUCCCUCCGCGUCGCCGUCGCCGCCGCCUCCCUCCGCGUCGCCGUCGCCGCCGCCGCCGCCGCCGUUCCCGCCAGGCCAGGCGCCCGCUCCGCCACCAUCGACACCAUCGUCAUGUGAGGCGUGGGGCUACGGGGCGGAAAAUGAGCUCAGCUGCUAUGGCGGCAUCUCAGGCAUGGCGAGCAACCUGGAGCACGCGUGUUGGGCGGAGCUGGACACGCGGCCAUCGUGCUGCGGCUACUGUGGGCCGUGGGCGGGCAGUGCCGACGGCACGCAGUGGGUGGAGACGUGCCACCACCUCGACAUCAUUCGAGUGACGCCCGGAUGCUCGUAUGAGCUGGAACGCUCGGACGGGCAGCGCUUCACGUUCCAUCAGGACACGCGCGUCUGUGCCAACACCGUGGGGUGUGACAGCGUGCGCCGCAUUCGGGUCUUCAGCGCAACCGCUGCGGCACCAUCGCCGCCGCCGCCCUCGCUCCCGCCGCUGCUGCCGCCACACUCGGCCCCAAGCUUCACCACAAUCGAUGGAACGGCGCGCUCAUACGAUGGCUGCGCGACCCGGUGCGCAUCUGCGGGCAUGAGCCUCGCAUGUAUCACGUCCGCUUCGGAGAUGGCGCUUGCGUGGGCCGCGGCCGGCGGCAGCGGUGCAUACAUUGGGCUCCGGCAGCCGUCCUCUCAGCAAGGCUCCAGUGGCUGGGCUUGGCCGACGGGGUGCGCCUCCACAUACACCAGUUGGGGAGGUGGCCAGCCCGAGUCGAACAGCGAGCACUGCGUGGCCUUCGGCAAUUGGGGAGGGCCAUACAACUCGUGGCAUGACGUGCCGUGCAGCGGCUCCUACCAUUGCCUGUGCAGCAACACGCCCCCGCGACCACCCUCGUCACCGCCACCACUGUCCCCGGCCCCGUCGCCGCCGUCGCCGCCGCCGCCGCCGCCGCUCCCGCCGUUCCAGCCAGGCCAGGCGCCCGCUCCGCCCCCUCCUGAGUGUGCUGCUCGCGGCUACGAGUCGGUCGGGUGCAACUGCGACCCGGCUUCUGAAUGCUCGCCGUGGGGCUCGAGAUCGGGCGGCGACUGCUGCGGGGACGACGGCGGCUACUGCGGCAGCGAGUGGGUCUCGACGGACGCAUCGACGUGGAUUGAUACUUGCACUGAGCUCGACUUCAUCCGUGUCUCUCCAGGCUGCGGUGUGGAGGUGGCGACCGAGACCGGCGGCGGAGGAGAGACAUUCACGUACGACUCCAGCGUGCUCGUGUGCGGGUACGAGUGCGAGCCUCGGCCAACGCCGGGCUGCGACAGAGUGCGCUCGCUGCGCCUGUUUCCGCUCGCGCCGCCGCCACCGCCGCACCCGCCGUUCCAGCCGGGCCAGGCACCUGCUCCGCCCCCGCCGUCUCCCUGCGUCCACGACGACAGCAAGUGCGUCGAGCCGACGUGCUGGGCGGACCCGAACAUGGAGGCGCAGACCUGCAGCGACGGCUACACCGCCAGCCCUCACCCCGACGACCCUCGGAGCGAAGGUCGCUACACGUGCUACCCGCCUCACUGCCGCUGCGACGCGUCCAAGUGCUCGAGCUACGGCAACGACUGCCACGCGGACGGCACGCCAGACGGUGAGGCGCAGACGUGCCGCGACGGCUACUUGCCGAUCGCGAUCCGCGACUCGCAGUACACCUGCUGCUUCGACUUUGACCAGCCGCCGUCGCUGCCGCCGCUACCCCCAUCACCGCCGGGCAAAGCCCCCGCUUCGCCACCGGCCACGUGCGGUCAGUCGGCAACGCAGGCCGAUUGGACGGCGGUGUUUGCGGUGUGCCCUCGAUGGGGCGAGUGGGCGCAGGCGCACUGCCCAACCGGCCCACCGUGCCCGGAGUACCCGACUGAGCUCGAGCUCUGCGACCUCUGCACCGAGUGGGCGACGGACUUGUGCGGUGAAACCGCGCUUGCGAAGGAGUGCCAAUGGGCAGGAUGCAGCGACUUCAUGAGGGACUCGUGCGAGUCGCUGCAGCCGUCCCCGCCCUACUCCGCCCCGCCCCCACUGUCGCCGCCCCCCUCGCCUCCGCUGCCCGUCUUCUCCUACCACCCGGGCCCAAAGUCGUUCGAUGGUGCGAUUGAGGCAUGCAAAGAGCUCGGCGGCCAGCUCGCGACGAUUACCUCGCAAGCCGACCAGGACGCCGCUUUCGCUGUCGUCCCCUCCGGCACGCGCGCAUACAUCGGGCUAAGCGACCGCGAAGAAGAGGGCACGUUUGCGUGGGUCGACGGCAGCCCCGUCGACUACACCAACUGGGGCUCGGGCGAGCCCAACAGCUAUGGCAGUACAAAUGAGGACUGCGCCGGCUUCCACGUCUACUACACCGACGGCAAAUGGAACGACUUUACCUGCGGAGGGAUCGACAGCAACGACGGCAACGCGCCCAUCGGCUAUGUCUGCCAAGCGACACCGUUCCCAUUGGCCUCGCCGUCGCCACCACCGCCCUCCACCUCGCCGUCGCCGCCGCCUCCCUCCGCCUCGCCGUCGCCACCGCCACCGUCCGCCUCUCCCUCUCCGCCGCCCCCCUCGGCCUCGCCGUCGCCGCCGCCUCCCUCCGCGUCGCCCUCGCCGCCGCCUCCCUCCGCCUCGCCCUCACCGCCGCCUCUUUCGCCGCCGCCGCCCUCCCCGCCACCACCCUCGCCGCCUCCUUCGCCUCCGCCGCCCUCGCCGCCGCCGCCGGCCCCGCCGCCUCCUUUGCCGCCGCCGCCCUCGCCGCCGCCGCCGGCCCCGCCGCCUCCUGCGUCGCCGCUAGGUGUCUCUGUGGCUACGGACGCUUCAACCCCAGACGGUGGAGCAGGACGCCGCCACCAGCGCGUCCUGCUCGACGCCAGCCAGAUGACUGGCGACCCGGCGUCUACUCUGUACGACUACGCCGACAGCAUCUCCCUCGACGCGCAGUUCCACCUCGUCGACACCAUUUCCGGGACCGAUCUCAAUCAGACCAAAAUCAUCGACCUGUGCGAGAGCGCGGCGGCAUCGGCGACGUGCGCCAUCGGCGACGGCGCCACCAUCUCCGAGCUCAAGCUGCUGCAGCUGCUCGACCGCACCGACACGAUCCGCGGGGACCCUCUCCUUGACGCCUCCGAAAUCGAGGGUGAUGGCGCGGGAAGUGGCGUCACCGUCUCGCACGCCAACAAGGUGGAGAUCGUUGCCCGUUCCGUCGCCAUCUUGGAGGAGGGCCAGACGCUUGAUGAGCUGGCCGCCAUCGUGACCGCGGAGACCGAGCAAAAGAUCACACAGCUCCGUGACGAUACCCUCCUCGAAGGCGACUUGGCCUUUACCAGCCUAGUCAUGUUCCCUCCGCGUCCGCCACCAUCGUCGCCGCCUAGGCCGCCUCCGUCCCCGCCGCCACGCACCCCAUCGUCCUUCUUCACCGCCUGCACCGCGCCCGUCCUCAAGAUAACCAAGGUCGUGGCCGACGGGCUGCACAGCCCGCUCACCAUGCACGGCGGCUGGCCGGUCGUCGACGGCGUCGCGACUUCGUACAACAGCGCGGCCGUCGUCGCGCGCAACAAGUACCUCGUCCCGCUCGUCGAGGCGGUCUGCCCCUCCCUCGGCCGCCUCGUCGUCGCGUUUGCGAACCCCAAGACGAUGCACUACAUCGAUGGCCAGGUGGUCGAGCCCCUCUCCUCCCUCGCUGCGGCCGCCCUAGCGGCCGCUGCCUUUGCCGCGCGCGAGAUGUUGGCGGGCAAGUGA